AAUUUUAAACGUAUGUUUUAUUUCAGAAUCUUAGGUUUGUUUUUGGAUUAAUCAUGAGUUGCUUAGACAUUACAACCACCGCUGUUGUUCCUGAUCGCAUUGCAAGUCGAUACCGACGAAGGUCAAUGACGUCAUUUGAAUGUGACGUCAGACAAUCGACGUCAUCAUACGAAGGUAAACUCUCGAUUUCGAGUGAUGGAUUUCGAACCAUGAUGCGAGAUAUUGAAAACGGUUUAAGUCGACGAUCGAAACAAAAUUGUUCGUCUACGUCAGACUUGAAUGGAUUCGAAUUCGGGGGUUUUAUUGCCCAGGAUUCCCCCUUCACGAAAGUAAAGAAAACGAGACGCGUUCAAAACAUCGGGAAAGCUGGAAAGAGGAAGUAUUUCGGAUCCAUUUCCAACAUCUCCGUAUGUUCCUCUGUGUCUUAUCGAGUGAAAAGAUUGGACGUUUCAACCUCCAGGUUGAAGGAACGCAUGUUGAAAAAAAGUAAUCGAAAAUCUUCCGAUAAAAAUGAAAAACUUCAACAAAAACUAGACAAUCUUUUUGCUUGGUUGCAAAGAAGCGGGAAGAAAGCUGGUCGAUACGCGUUGAACAGGAGGGGAUCACCCAUUCCAAUGACUAAACUUGAAACCAGGAAAAAAUCAUUAGAUCUUACACUCAAGGAAGUUCUAUCUAAGAAAGAAACGACGAACGCUUUCCGAAAAUUUCUUUCUCGGGAAAUGAGCGAAGAAAAUUUAGAUUUCUGGUUGGAAGUGGAAAGUUAUAAGAAAGCAAAGGAAUCGAAGAGACAGAAACUGGCGACCCGAAUUUACGAGAAAUAUAUUUCUCCAUCGUCAACUCAUGAGAUCAACCUAGAAAGCUACGUCAGAGAUCACACUGAAAGGAAACUAAAAGAUGUUUCGCCGGACACUUUUGAUCUGGCACAAAAACAUAUUUUUGCUUUGAUGGAGACCGAUUCGUUUAGAAGAUUUCUGGAUUUGUUUUAAGUUUUCCGUAACGUUUUCUUCGCAAAGUUCCAAUAUAUAUGUGUUGUGUGGUAUGCCGCAAAAAUUAUACGAUGUAGUAAAAUAAACAAGAAAAAAAUGCA